AUGUCUGCAAAGCCUUUCAGCAUUGCAUAUUUGAUCGGUGAUACUGUAACCGAUAAUAGUAAUGAUAAUGAUAAUGAUAAUGUUAAUACUGAAAUUCAUAAUAAUUGUAUGAACGUCGCCAAAAGUCGAAUAACGGAUACUCUAAAAUUAUUCCCUGUAAUAUCAAAAACUACACUUAAUUAUGAUACUAAUAGUAAUGGUACCAUUAUUGAUACUGAAAAUAAUUUCAAUCAUAAUUUGACAACGAAGAAAUCAUCGAUUAUGUUGAAAGAUUAUCAUUCAGCAUUACGCAAUGUAUCAGUGCGUUUAGAAGGUGCCACAUUAUGGAAUAAAUUUCAUGCAUAUGGUACUGAAAUGAUUGUGACAAAAACUGGAAGACGAAUGUUUCCAACAUUACAAGUAGCAAUCUCUGGCUUAGAACCAACCGUACGUUACUCAUUAAUGGUCGAUUUGACGUGCAUUGAUAAUAAAAGGUAUCGUUACGCUUUUCAUCAAUCAAAAUGGAUUGUUGCUGGACCAGGCGAAGCGGAAUUGCCAUGUCGAGUUCAUGUGCAUAAUGAGUCACCAGCUCCUGGUGAACAUUGGAUGCGUCAGACAGUAUCGUUUGAUAAAAUUAAAUUAACCAACAAUCAGCUGGAUCAGAACGGGCAUAUAAUUGUGAAUUCGAUGCAUCGUUAUCAACCAAACAUACAUGUUGUAGUGCAUGCUGAUGGAAGUGGACGUCAAUGUCGAACAUUUUCAUUUCCAAAUACAUCAUUUAUGGCUGUUACUGCUUAUCAAAAUCAUCGAGUAAAUAAUUAA